GAUUCCGGCGAAAUUGCUCCACAUUUCCCUACAUCGUCUCGUCCGUUUUCAGAUCGAGCUCGUCGUUUUCAGGUUCCAUUUCCCAUACAUCUUCUUGCUCCACUUUUGAUACCACGCCGCCUAUUCGUUUCUCGGCGAUUUCACUCCUGAACCCUAAUUUCUUCCACGCAGACGAUUGGAGCUUCCGGUCUUGGUCUCUUUGAGAGUCGUUGAUAUUUGAUUGAUCGAAGAACCUGUGACCUUGUUCCUCUCUUUUUUUACAUCGGAUUCAUAGCUACUAGAUAAUAUAAUUUCUUUUGGCUUGGCUCUCCGUUGUCAAACUACAGAGGAAGAUGUUUGGCUCAUCCAAUCCUUUUGGACAGUCAUCUGGUACCAGCCCAUUUGGGUCCCAAUCUUUGUUUGGUCAGACCAGCAAUACAAGUAGUAAUAAUCCCUUUGCUCCAGCUACUCCGUUUGGCACGUCUGCUCCUUUUGCUGCACAGUCGGGAAGUUCAAUAUUUGGAAGCACUUCAACCGGUGUGUUUGGUGCACCUCAAACAUCCUCUCCCUUUGCCUCCACCCCAACUUUUGGAGCUUCUUCAUCACCAGCAUUUGGGAAUUCCACUCCGGCCUUUGGAGCAUCUCCAGCAUCUUCACCUUUUGGUGGAUCUUCUGGUUUUGGGCAGAAACCUUUGGGAUUUUCAACGCCUCAGUCAAAUCCUUUUGGAAACUCCGCGCAGCAAUCCCAACCUGCAUUUGGAAACUCCACUUUUGCUUUUGGCCAGUCUACAUCAGCCUUUGGUAGCAGCACCUUUGGCUCUACACCAUCUCCCUUUGGAGGUCAAGGUGCGCAGGCUUCAACCCCUACAUUUGGGGGUUCUGGUUUUGGUCAAUCCACUUUCGGUGGUCAACAAGGGGGCAGUCGAGCUGUGCCUUAUGCACCAACAGUUGAGGCAGAGACAGGGACCGGAACUCAGCCUGCUGGAAAGUUGGAAUCUAUUUCUGCCAUGCCAGCAUACAAAGAUAAAAACCAUGAGGAGCUGAGGUGGGAAGAUUACCAGCGAGGAGAUAAAGGUGGACAACUUCCUGCUGGCCAGUCUCCUGGCAAUGCCGGAUUUGGUAUAUCACCUGCUCAACCAAAUCCUUUUUCUCCAUCACCGGCGUUUGGUCAGACAUCAGCAAAUCCAACAAACCCUUUUUCGAGCUCAACAUCUACCAACCCUUUUGCCCCUCAAACCCCAACAAUUGCCAGUUCAUCAACUACCACAUCCGUUUUUGGAUCAUCCUCCGCUUUUGGAACAACGACAUCAUCACCAUUAUUUGGUUCAUCAAGCACUCCUGGAUUUGGCUCUUCUUCAUCAAUCUUUGGUUCAGCUCCUGGUCAGGGGGCAACUCCAGCAUUUGGCAACAGUCAGCCAUCUACUCUGUUCAAUUCAACCCCUUCGACCGGGCAGACUGGUUCUGCGUUUGGACAGACUGGUUCUGCUUUUGGACAGUUCGGACAGAGUAGUGCUCCUGCAUUUGGCCAAAAUAGCAUUUUUAAUAAACCUUCCACUGGAUUUGGAAACAUGUUUUCAAGUUCUUCAACAUUAACUACGUCUAGCAGCUCUCCCUUUGGACAAACAAUGCCUGCUGGUGUGACACCCUUUCAAUCAGCUCAGCCAGGUCAAGCAUCAAAUGGUUUUGGUUUCAACAACUUCGGUCAAAAUCAAGCAGCUAAUACAACUGGCAAUGCUGGUGGACUGGGGUUUUUUGGUCAAGGCAACUUCGGGCAAUCGCCUGCUCCUUUGAACUCUGUUGUUUUGCAACCAGUUGCUGUUACAAACCCAUUUGGAACACUUCCUGCUAUGCCUCAGAUUUCAAUAAAUCAAGGUGGAAAUUCACCUUCCAUUCAAUAUGGAAUCUCCAGCAUGCCUGUUGUUGACAAACCUGCUCCUGUUAGAAUAUCAUCUCUCCUGACUUCUCGACACCUAUUACACAGGCGGGUCAGGCUGCCGGCAAGAAAGUACCGUCCUGGCGAGAAUGGUCCAAAGGUUCCAUUUUUCACUGAUGACGAGGAGAGCUCAAGUACACCAAAGGCGGAUGCUCUUUUCAUUCCAAGGGAGAACCCUAGAGCUCUAGUUAUACGCCCAGUUCAACAGUGGUCUUCAAGGGAUAAAUCAAUACUUCCAAAGGAACAACGCCCGACUGCUCCAGUACAUGACAAUGGGAAGAGUCCUGACAUGGCCACUGAUGCAGCAAAUCAUGACAAAAAUGGUAACGGAGAACUUGGUGGUACUGGAGAAAGAAUACAUACAUCAGUCAAUGCAAAUCAGAAACCGAAUGGCACAACACGUUCUGAUCAGGCCAGCGAUAAAGACCGUCCCUACAAAACGCUAAGUGGACACAGAGCAGGAGAAGCCGCGAUUGUUUAUGAGCACGGUGCAGAUAUCGAGGCUCUUAUGCCGAAGCUACGACAAUCUGAUUAUUUCACGGAGCCACGUAUCCAGGAACUAGCAGCUAAGGAAAGAGCGGAUCCGGGUUACUGCAGGCGGGUUAGAGACUUUGUGGUGGGACGACACGGUUAUGGUAGCAUAAAGUUCAUGGGAGAGACAGAUGUGCGUAGGCUAGACUUGGAAUCACUGGUUCAGUUCAAUACACGGGAAGUGAUUGUAUACAUGGACGAGAGCAAAAAACCGGCUGUUGGGCAAGGUUUGAAUAAACCGGCGGAAGUAACGUUGCUGAACAUAAAAUGUAUUGAUAAGAAGACAGGGAAACAGUUUACUGAAGGAGAGAGAGUGGAGAAGUAUAAAAUGAUGCUUAAGAAGAAAGCCGAGGCACAAGGAGCUGAGUUUGUGUCCUUUGAUCCAGUGAAAGGUGAGUGGAAGUUUCGGGUCGAGCAUUUUAGUUCGUAUAAGCUUGGCGACGAAGACGAAGAUGAAGUUUAGGGUCUCAUCUCAGUGUUACUCUCUUGGAAUUGAUCUGUUUUGUGUAGUGAAUGUUGGAAUUGUGCAGUAGCAGAUAGUGCCCUACUCCAUUUGUUGUGUGUU